UCUGAGGUGGUCCCUGAGCAGCCUCCCAGCAGGGAGAAGCCCUUCAAGUGCUUGGAAUGUGGGAGGAGCUUCAGCUGGAGUUCCCACCUGCUCCGACACCAGCGCAUCCACACUGGGGAACGUCCCUACACGUGUGGGGAAUGUGGGAAGAGCUUCAACCGGAGCACUGACCUCCUCAAGCACCAGCACAUCCACACUGGGGAACGACCCUACACUUGUGGGGAAUGUGGAAAGGGCUUCAGCCAGAGCUCCAGCCUGAUCCAACACCAGCGCAUCCAUAAUGGGGAACGGCCCUACACAUGUGGGGAAUAUGGGAAGAGCUUUGGGAACAGCUCCCACUUGAUCCAACACCAGCACAUCCACACUGGAGAAUGGCCUUACACAUGUGGGGAAUGUGGAAAGGGCUUCAGUGACAGCUCCAGCCUCCGCAAACACCUGCGCUUCCACACUGGAGAACGACCCUACAAGUGCUUGGAAUGUGGGAAGGGGUUUCACACCAGCUCCAAUCUCCUCACUCAUGAGCGGACACACACGGAUGAGAGGCCCUUCUGCUGCACCGACUGUGGGAAGGGCUUCAAGCACAACUGCCAUCUCGUCAGGCACCGGCGCAUCCACACCGGGGAGAGGCCCUACAAGUGUGGGGAGUGUGGGAAGAGCUUCAGUGACAGCUCUGCCUUGACUCAACACCAACGGACCCACAGGUAA